AAAUGGAAUUGCACGCGUUUGUCCCCCCACCCCCCUUCCUUUCUCCAACUCUUUCCUUCAGCAAAUGCCCUAGCUAGCUCCACCAAAGAAAGCAAACCCCCGUCUGUCGGAGUGAGAAACUGCUGCUGCCGCCUCCGUUGCACUCAAGAACUUCCAUCUUCGUGCUAUCGGCGUUCGCUACUUCGAUCUCACCAACCCCUGUUCGCUCUCCAUCCCCUGUUCGCUCUCACGAAUCGCCUGGUCGCCGUCGUCCGCGCGCUCAACAGCUCUCCGUCGUCCGUCGAAGAGUUGCUUGUGAGAUAUGAGUCUGAUAUCUCAAAAUGCUCGCACUAAAGCUAGGAAGACCCAAAGGGUGGAGGACAUCAAAGAACCUCUCAAUCAUGAAGAGGUUGAGGAUGGGAAAGAUUCUGAUGAUGAAGCUCUGAAGGCAAAGAAGAGGAAGCGAGAACAGUCAGAAAUGCAACAAGUGAGAGAAAUGAAAAAGCUGGAAAGCUUUUUGUUUGGCUCUCUGUAUUCCCCUGUUGAAUUUGGAAAGGAGGAUAAUGAAGUAGAAAUUGGGGAUAAAAAGAGCUCGGAUUUGUUUUUUACUGACCGUUCUGCAAAUAAUGUGCUUUCUGUUUAUGAGGAAGAUGCUGACAUUUCAGAGGAAAGUGAUGAUGAUAGGGCUGCCGUGCAGAGAAAACCUGUGUGGGUGGAUGAUGAAGAAGAAAAGGCCACUAUUAACAUAGCAAAUGUUAACAGGUUAAGGAAGUUGAGGAAGGAAGAGGAUGAGGAUUUGAUUUCUGGUUCAGAGUAUGUGUCAAGAUUGAGGGCUCAGCAUGUAAAGCUGAACCCAGGAACUGAUUGGGCACAGAUUGAUUCGAGGUCCAAAAUAGAUAGAUCUUCUGAUGAUGAGUCAGAUGAAGAAAAUGAAGCUGCAUUGAACCAAGGUAACAAGGAUGUGGAUGAUAUUCUGAGAACAAAUGAAGACCUGGUUGUGAAGAGUAGCUCGAAACUACUGCCCGGACAUGUUGAAUACUCAAAGCUAGUUGAUGCUAAUAUACAGGAUCCAUCUAAUGGCCCAAUAAAUUCUGUUCAGUUCCAUAGAAAUGCUCAGCUCCUUCUUGCUACAGGAUUGGACAGAAAGCUUAGAUUUUUUCAAAUUGAUGGCAAACGUAACACCAAGAUUCAAAGCAUCUUCCUUGAAGAUUGCCCCAUUCGGAAAGCUGCUUUCUUGCCAGAUGGAUCUCAGGUUAUCUUAUCGGGAAGACGAAAGUUUUUCUAUAGUUUUGAUUUGGUUAAGGCUAAGGUUGAUAAAGUAGGUCCUUUAGUUGGUAGGGAAGAGAAAAGUUUGGAAAAUUUCGAGGUCUCGCCUGAUUCUAAAUUAGUAGCUUUUGUGGGUAAUGAGGGUUACAUUUUAUUAGUUUCGUCAAAAACAAAGCAAUUGGUUAGUACCUUAAAGAUGAAUGGAACAGUUCGAUCCUUAGCUUUUGCAGAAGAUGGACAGCAGUUGUUGAGCGGUGGCGGUGAUGGCCAGGUUUACCACUGGGAUCUGAGAACAAUGACUUGCAUGCAUAAAGGCGUAGAUGAAGGCUGCAUAAACAGCACAGCUCUUAGUACUUCUCCAGGUGGAAAACUUUUCGCAGCUGGUUCAGACAGCGGAAUUGUGAAUAUUUACAAUAGAGAGGAAUUCCUCGGGGGCAAGAGGAAGCCUAUCAAGACCAUUGAGAAUUUGACCACUAAAGUAGAUUUUAUGAAAUUCAAUCACGACUCUCAAAUAUUAGCAAUCUGUUCAGGCAUGAAAAAGAGCAGUUUGAAAUUGAUACAUAUCCCGUCAUAUACUGUGUUUUCCAACUGGCCGCCGCCGAAUGCAAGCCUGAGUUACCCCCGCUGUCUUGAUUUUAGUCCAGGUGGUGGUUUCAUGGCUGUAGGAAACUCUGCAGGAAAGGUGUUAUUGUACAAGUUGCACCAUUACCAGCAUGCAUAAAAUCAAAUUUGGAAGCUCUCUCAAGGUUUGAGAGUAAAUUUUUGUAUUGUUAUUUGUUGUCCAGGCAGGUUUCUGAACUCAGGUUAUUGUUGCAUUUUUGUCAUAAACUAAUGAAGCAUCAUAUGUGUUUGUAUGCAAGCUAUAGAAGGAGAAAACUAGUUUCAAGUCUUUUAUUGAUUGUUUGACAUUAGCUAUAUUAACUACAUUGCUUUAUCAAUGUUAUAGAUACCUAGAUGAGCUGUUAUGUUA